CCCACGAUCUUCUCGAUUGCCACCUCCUCUCUGCUCUUUCUACUCUCUAGCCGGUAUCCCGUGGGGAGCUCCUCCCUAGGUGAGGUGAAGCGUCAGCAGCGGCGCCCACACGAUGAGGUCGAGGACAGCGCACCGGCGACCAAGGCGCAGUAGCGGAGGAGACCGACGCGGUGUUGUGUUGUGCUGCUGACGGCGGUGACGUUUUGUUCGCGGAGCGGAAGGAGAACGAUAGGGUCGCGUGGAGCUUCGCGUGGCCGAGCCCGCGGCCAGGUCGGCAUGCGAGGCUCGGAGCACACAGGGCCGGCCGGAGUCGAGCCGCUUGAGCGAGGUCACGCGACCGUGGCGGCGGGCUGCGGGGCGACGCCUGCAAGCCAUGCUACAGGUCAUUCCUCACGGAGAUCUUCAGGCGUGGCUGGCUCCACCGAUUCGACUCCUCACGCACCCCCUCGCCUCUCCGCUCUCCGACCACCGCGUCGCCUUCGCUGUCGCACAGGGGUUUCCCGGCAAGCGAACGUCAGCGUGUCCGUGGAUCGGCGCCGGUGGUGGAGCCAACAUCUUCGCUUCUCCGGGGCCGGCUAUCGCCAACAAAAGUUCUCCGACGUCUCCGGCGUUCGACUUAUGGGCCUCGCGGACUUCAGCGCCGCCAGCGCGCAAGUCCGGCGGCAGCAGCAAGAAAAGGCCGCGGCGGCAUCACAUCACCGUGAGCGCGCCCCGCAGGAGCCUGCGGCAGUGGGAUCUGCCGCACCAGGCCAGUUAGUCAACGCGGAAGAUUGGUAUGCCUUGGUCACCGGCGAGACCUCCCGCUCCUCCAUGCUCUGCCUGUCCCGGUCGUCGGCCAGGCUGUGCUGCAGCCUGCAAGUUCUUCACCUUGCCAACAAAGGCGAGCAAGCAGGAAGCCAGGACGGCCUCCAGUGACUAAUCCCGCUCGACUUGGUCCUGCAGGUCGCCGGCCAGGGCCCGCUGCGGCAAAUCAUCCGUCAGGUGAGAAGGGGAGCAAGCAGCAAUUUAAUCCUUAGGUUUUCUGUUGUUCAUUGUUUCAUUUCCUUUCUUACUCAGGGUUCGUGCUCACCGAGUAGAUAUUUUAGAGCCAAAGAAAUUGUAGCGCUCCUCACUUAUUUUUGGUAUGGGAGUGUCCUUCACAUUUAUAUUUGUGUAACUUGAUAAUUUCUUAGCUUCUUGAUUGGUCAUCGGAUACUUAUAGAGGGGAACACAGUUAUGUGAAGUUUAUUAUCUUAACGUUGUAAUUAACACAAUUAUUAGACUACUUUUCAGUUCUCCAUACAUGAACAUUUUGAUCAAUGUAACCUACCUAUGUCUUAAUUUCUUGAUCAUUGAUUA